CCUCUUUCAGAGAAGGUUAAAAAGAGACAGUGCACAUGCUCAGAAAUGCUGCACUUGUUCUGUUAGCAGUUUGCAGCGGCCAUUUCAAAGAGACCAUCACAAAGACAAGAGAGAGAUCAGAGAAGCACCCGUUCCCAAGAUGCUGGCGCCCCGCCUUCUGAGAAGAGCGGUCCUUACAGUUCCUUUAGUUUUUGUGGUUGCACUGCUUCUUGCAGAGCCUGUUAGAUCUGACCAAGAAGCGGGAACAGCCAUACCAGCUGAAAGUCGUCCCUGUGUUGAUUGCCAUGCAUUUGAGUUCAUGCAGAGGGCUCUGCAGGAUUUAAAGAAGACAGCAUAUAAUCUAGACACACGGACAGAAACUCUGCUUCUUCAGGUGGAAAAGAGAAAUCUGUGCGACUGUGUAACUGCAAAUCUGCUGAACUGAAUCCUGGAGGCCAGCUAGGAGUAUCACCUGUUCAGCGGUUUUUAAAAUGCAGCUGUAUAAAAUACAGCUUUAUGAAGUUCAUGUUGCAAGCAUGUGUGCCCCAAUGUACUGAGGAAACUGGGGGGCUGUGUCUUAUGUAUUUGUCUGUUCUGUUUUUUUUUUUAAGAGUACCUUCUUUUCACAUCCACUGGGUUGCUAGUAAGGGCUCAAUUCAGUAAAUCUGUUACUUGGUACUAGAGUGGGGGAAAAAUUUACCUGCUUUGAUUUUUAAAUCAGAGUUGGCCAAGUGUAAACCACAAGAUAAAUAUGGCCAGCAGUGCUCUAGAGACACCUGCAGCUGUUUUUUGUCUCUAAUAUGAACAUAUCUCUGUGGCAACAUACCCAGUUAUAUUGAGACAGGGAAUUGUGGUCUCUCUAGGCUUUGCCUGUGUAUUAAAGAUGACGGAAGUCUUUUCUGUUUGUUGUCUGCACUGUGACCACAUUCAGGCCUGUUGUAGUUCAGUCAGCUGCAAUGAGGUAUGUGUCAUAAGGAGUUAUAUGUGUUCUGUAUUGGACAAAACAGUUUAUAACUUAGUGCUGAAUUUUCUGGUAUCCUGCGUAAGAGUAUUGUCUUCUUUAAUUAAAACCUUUAGUUUCUUCCCCUCCUUCCCUGGACACUCCAUUCUUAACCCACUGUAUCUCUAAAUAGCUUUAUCUUAGCAGGUCAAAUGGAUAGAGUAGAAAAAGGAGAAUAAGGGUAUGACUAGGCAGCCUUGCCAGUUCCAGCUGUACCAAAUGCUACCACCAGCAACUGCUCAACAUCACAUUGAAGGAAAGCUCUGUGCAGUGCCAAGAAGUUUCUUGAUGAGAGUGCUCCUUAUUUUACUUCAGGUGAAACACAGUGGCUAGGUCACACAUAUUUGGUCCAUUCUGUUAUGGACUGAACUCUGAACGUUUUGGUCUUUCAUUGUAGUUGCCUUUGAAAGCUGCUCUUUUUGUUUCAGGCUUGAAGAAAGGGUUGUGUACCUGAAAAAUGAGAUGAUUUUUAUCCUCAGCUCUGCCACUUUAUUCUAAGAUACUGUGUUCACUCACAAGUCUGAAUUAGGCUGAGCAGUUUGAGUAGAUACUCUGUUUGUUUGACGUGAUUUAGAGCCAGCUCAAACCACUCCGACAGUGGGACUGUGGAGUGCUAACCUGGCUUGGGGAGUGGAUGGGAGAUGGAUAGCUGAAGGCCAAAAUCUCUUCAGCUGAAUUUGGAAGAAAGUGCCUGCCUGCGGCCUUACUUCUCUAACUAAACUGGUGGUACUUUGCUGGAAGUGGAUGAGAGAGGACAUACAAUUACUGCUCUGCCAGUGCAGCUGUAGGUAUGGUAACAAACAGCUGAGGGAGUAGCAGAACAUGAUAGGCAGCCUCAGUGGCUUGCCAAACCUGUCCAGGGCUUGGAAAACCAAUUCCUGCACACUGAGAAAUGCAACAUGCCCUUCUGUGUGGGUCCAGGACAUACGCCAGCACAGAAGCUCAGUGUGAACUGGAGAGGGGAUUCUGAUGCUGGCACUGCUCAUAUCUGGCUGCUUGGCAAAAUAAGAGUGACUGCAAGCCUCACCUGCAGCUCCACUCCCAGAGAGUGGGAAGGGGCAGCAGUCUUUACUCAUGCAUGGCAGAGCAUGUUCUGGACUUCUGGAAGCAAAGCCUCCUUUGGAGGGCUUCAGCUGAUCCUGGCUGUAGUAGAAUGGCUUCUCAGAGCUUCUUGGCUUUUGCUGCACUUAGGUUGUCCCAUCUUGUUCUAGCUUGGCUUUAUUCCUCUGCUUUGCUCUGGACCUGCCUUGGCUUUCCUUUCCAGUGCAACCUCCAUUCCCCCUUCCAGUCUGGCAUUGCCCUCUCUCUAGGCCCAGGGAUUUCUCGGUGACCCCUGGCCCCCCAUCCUGAUGGGUCUGUAUGUAGUCACUGCAAGUGUGGGCGAUGGGGCUGAUACUCCUCAGGUCAGCAGUCCCUUUAGAUCCAACUGGCAGCACUGCAGGAGCAAUGAGUGGCAAUUCAGUUUACCAUGGAGUGAGUGAACAUGGUGCUGAGCAACACUGGUAUCUCAUUCCCUGUCCAGGGAAGACAUUGUGGGGAAGGGCUUCUUUUUACCUGGGAAGCCAACAUUCCCAUUGCAGAACUUGGAGGAGGUCCCAGAACAGUUCAGGUGGUGAAAACUGCUCCCAAAGAUGAGUUAAUCUGUGGACUGUCCACCAGGAUGCUGUAAUCUCAUCAGCUUGUUAUAGGUGUGGACAGGAACCCGGCCAUAGUCAGCUGCUGUUUUAGCCAGGUGUUGAGUAAUAAGAUGUUCUGGCACAACUGGAAACACAUGUAGGUCUUGAUGAAUUUUUCCCUCGGUGUCUGCACAGGCACUGGCUUGAACAAAAGAAAAUCUGACCAUGUGGAAGUAUUUUCCUUCAGUGAUUUUGCUACACCUCUACCAUCUGAUUCGCAUCGCCAGAACUGGGGUAGUGAAACACAGGACAUAAUAGCUGUUGCCCCACAAGAAAGCAGCCAGGAGGGGGAUAGAUGGGGAAUGGGGAAUAACUUUCUCAUUCUCUUCCUCAGAAUCUGAAAAAUUAAAGAUUCCUUUCAGUCUGCAGAAGAUCCAUUAGAAUCAGGAAUUUGCUAGUGGAAAAGCCCACCUUACCUAUUUUCCUUUAGUUGAAUGACUGUUCUUGUAUUACCUCUUGUUCAAAACCACCAAAAUAGCAGGAGAGCAGAAGACAGCUAAUAUGCCACCAGUUCUAAAAAAGGAUUGGCAGGGAGGUCUGGGAAUUGUACCAAGCAACCAGAAUAUCUGUUCUGGGCAAGUGAACAGAAACUUUUGAAGGACUUGAAUAUGUAAACUCAGGUUUAAUAUGACACAGUGACAAGAGUCAAGACCAUUUUUAUAAAGCAAAAGAAUACAGCGGAACCAGAUAAAGUGCUGACAAAAGCAGCUAGGAUAAUCCAAAUUAACGUACAGACUAGGAGUCUUCAGUCUAGACAAGAGAUGACUGAAGGAGAUGAUAGAAUUUUAUAAAACUAUGAGUGACCAGAAAAUGACUGUUUGCUGUCCCUUCCCAAACAAGAAGUGGGGUGCGCUGAACAAAACCAGCUGGAGGCAGGAUCAGAGCGAAUAAGAAGAUGAUGCUCUUGACCUACUGUGUGUUUCAGUUGUGGAAGUCCUCAUCGCAGGAUGUUGCUGAUGCCAAAAAUUUACAUGGGCUUAAAAAGCAGCUGUUCAGACUCAUGCCUGAAAAUCCUAUUGCAAACUGUUAAAUAUAAAGACACCCUGAACCACAAGUUGUUGCAAGUUAACACUGUUGUAGGAAGACAUUGUAGUUGACGUGUUUUUAUAUUUUUCCCUAUACAUUUCUUAUUGGUCAGUGCCAAUGACGAGAUACUGGCCUCAGAAGGACCUUUGGUGUGAUCUGGUGCAGUUGUUCUUAUGUGUAGAAAUGAGCCUCUUCCCAAAUUCAUAAAGCAAACCUCCCUGUACUCCAGAGAGCCACUCCUUUUUAUCCCUUAGAAACACACACUUUUAGAAAGUCUUGAAGUUCUUGGUUUCCCCAUUGCCGAGGACAGGGCACCAUUAAGUAGGCCAGUGGUCCUGCUUCUGCAGCCCAGUACAUUGCAGAGACCACACCAAAGGGAGGAGUAAAGGCUCCUUUUUGAAGGGAAAGAAAUGGUACUGCAAAACAUUUGCCUACUGCCAGGAAGGAGCUAUAUAAUUACUCAGAUAUUAGGGUCACCUACAUAGCGUACAAGCCCAAUCCUGUCUAGUUUUCACUCCUUGCCCUGUGGCCUUUCCUCUGCUCCUGUCUUGGCUUUUUGCUCAGGCCACCGUCCUAGUUACCCUUCAUGCUGACCAUUGGAUAUGCAGAUCAUCUCUCCUGUGCCAUAAAGAAAUCUUGCAGCAAUGCACUCGUGAGUAACAAACACUUGAGCACGUGAAAAAUGUCUUAAAGUGAUUGUAUGUUGCUGUGGUCAUGCUGCUGAGCUGGGAAAUCUCUUCCAGACUUACAUGGUCCUAUGUCUUUGAUGGCUCUGGCACUGUUUUGCCUCUUGUCCCUCUUCAUCUACACAUACAGUAUUUUCUCUGCCCUCUGAAAGCCUGACACUUUUAACAUGAAAAAUGGGAAGUAUUAGUACAAACAGGCUUUCUCUUCCCAUCGUACUUAAAACUGCCGCUGUGCCUCCUACAAGAAGUGCAUUUUUUCUCCUCAAAAUCCAAAGGUCCCUGUUAAAUCCAAACUGUUGUUUCAUGUGUAUUUAAUAGGGCCAUCAGAACAUGCACACAUCCUUCUCACUAUACACCUUGUCCUGUUUUAUUCCCUGUACUACAUUAUGUGGUUGUCUCUUGCUUUGUGACUGCACUGAAAGCUGUCUGGGGCAAAGAAGUUGUCAAUGGCACUGGUAGGUGGCCAUCACACCUUCAGGUUUUGUGAACUUAUUAAAUAAAAAUCACAAUGUAAAAUA